AUGCGUCGCACUGCAUUGCGGGCGGUCGAGUCCGCUAAGCCUCUGACUCGAGCUCCUCGUUCGGCGAGAAGCUUUGCUACCGCUAAGGUAUCUAGUCUUCACCGUGUCUCCUGUGAAUACUCUGACCAGUCCUUUCUACUUCAGGACCCCUCCGAGCUCGAUGAAACCACCACACUCCCGAACGGAGUUCGCGUCGCCACAGAAUCAUUACCAGGUCCCUUCGCCGGUGUUGGAGUCUACGUCGAUGCUGGUUCUCGUUAUGAAGAUGCGAGCCUGCGUGGAGUCAGUCAUAUCAUGGACCGAUUGGCCUUCAAGUCGACCAAGUCACGCUCUGGUGAUGAGAUGCUAGAGGUUCUGGAGUCGUUGGGCGGUAAUAUUCAAUGCGCGUCAUCGCGAGAAUCGUUGAUGUACCAGUCUGCUAGUUUCAACUCCGCGGUUCCUACAACUCUCGGCCUCUUGGCGGAAACCAUCCGGGACCCUCUGAUCACCGAUGAAGAGGUUCUUGAUCAACUCGCCACGGCGGAGUAUGAGAUAGGCGAGAUCUGGGCGAAGCCGGAACUCAUCUUGCCGGAGCUUGUUCACAUGACUGCUUACAAGAAUAACACACUUGGUAAUCCUCUGCUGUGCCCCGAGGACAGGCUACGAGAGAUCAAUAAGUCGGUCGUGGAACGUUACCGAGAGGUCUUCUUCAACCCGGAUCGCAUCGUCGUCGCCUUUGCUGGCGUGCCUCAUGCUGAGGCUGUCAAGCUCACACAGCAAUACUUUGGAGACAUGAAGAGCCGUGACGUUGGCCACGGAAAGGGACCCGUUCUUUCAGGCUCCGGAAUUGAUACUACACUCUCCGAUUCUUCCGCUGUCGCCAGAGAGGGCCAGAUCCCAACUGUUCCCCACUUCACAGCUUCGUCAACCGUGAGCAGCCCGGCCGCUUCGCAAAAUACUCACUCUUCGCUCCUGUCGAAGCUUCCCUUCCUUAAGAAACUCACCUCUUCACAAAACCAUACCUCGGUCGAACCACUCCACCCCUCUUUACUCGAGCCCUCUGCGUUGGAUCUCCGCCGCCCCGCCCACUACACUGGUGGCUUCAUCGCCCUUCCUCCGAUCCCACCACCAGCCAACCCCAUGCUGCCUCGUCUGAGUCACAUCCACCUUGCCUUCGAGGCCCUUCCUAUCUCCUCUCCCGAUAUUUACGCCCUUGCUACCCUUCAGACCCUUUUGGGUGGUGGUGGUUCUUUCUCGGCCGGUGGUCCGGGCAAGGGCAUGUACUCUCGACUCUACACCAACGUCCUCAACCAGCACGGAUGGGUGGAAAGCUGCAUUGCCUUCAACCACAGCUACACCGACAGCGGUAUCUUUGGUAUUACCGCUUCGUGUAGUCCCACCCGGACAACAGAGAUGCUUGAGGUUAUGUGCCGCGAGUUGCAGUCUCUGACUCUGGACACCGGUUACACUGCCCUGCAAACCCAGGAGGUUAAUCGGGCCAAGAACCAGCUUCGGUCGUCCCUGCUCAUGAACCUUGAGUCUCGCAUGGUUGAGCUCGAGGAUCUUGGACGUCAAGUCCAGGUACACGGCCGCAAGGUCAGUGUGAAGGAGAUGUGUGAAAAGAUCGAGUCUCUGACUGUCGAAGAUCUCCGCCGCGUGGCUCGUCAAGUGUUUGGCGGCCAGGUGCAGAACAAGGGCCAAGGAACCGGAAAGCCAACCGUCGUCUUGCAGGAGGGCGAGCUGGAGGGACACAAACUCCGUUCUUUCCCCUGGGAGGAAAUCCAAGAGCGCAUUGCUCGUUGGAAGCUUGGUCGUCGCUAA